AUGGCGCCGCCUAGGAUCUACGUAUUCGACUCCCUGCUGCACAAUACGAAAUUGGCUAAGGGCUUUCCGACCAACGAAGUCCUGGGCGGAAUUCACGUGAAUAUCAAAGACCUUCUACUGCCGUUACUGAGGGUCGGCUUGGCGCUGUUCGGAAACCCCUGCCUUCUCGUGUUUCCGAAACUCGGAUUCCGGGAAGUGCGCGAACUCUGCGGCCAGCGUAACCUCUACGAAUGCGGAGCAUUUGUGCUCGCCUUCUCGGAAGCCAUCGCGAACGGCCACCUCGUUGAGGACAAGCACAACGACGCGUGUGUGUGGAAGUGGGCGUCGCCGGAGCUACCAGCAGUCUAUGGCCUUGACUACGACGUCGAAACGAAGAAUUCCAAAGACGCGCUGCACGCGUACCGGCGGAAGUGCUAUGCUCGGCUGAAGGCCUGUGUA